AUUCACUGCUUUCAACCCUUUAGGAGGUAACGUAGUAACUUAAAAAUAUCAAUGGCUAUGAGGAAAAAUUUGAAAGUAACCAACUAGCUAUCGGUGCACCUCCUUCAACCAUGCCAGAUGGACUUAUUACGAGUAGGCCUCUGCAAAAUGAGGCCACAGGCAUUGAUUUGCAGGUGCCACUCUACCAGGAGAUCCGUGGGAGCAUGAUGACGGGUCAUGUUGAGUACCAGAUUGUUGUAGUGACGCGACUUGCUGCCUUCAAAUCACCAAAGCAUAAACCAGGAGAUGUUGUACAGUUGGUGGUGUCAAAGAAAUACAGUGAAAUUGAUGAGUUUUACUAUAGUCUGAUGGCUCAGUAUCCCAGUAUCCACAUGCCUGCAAUGCCACGUAAGGCUCUGUUUGUGGGUGAGUCUGACCUUCGAGAGCGCAGGGCAGCCUUUGAUGAACUCGUCAAAUUCAUCUCCAGACACCCCACUCUGGCUACCUGCCCGGAGCUUCUGGAGUUCUUAGGUGCCAAAAGUACUCUGUCAGACUUCAAAAGCACAAAUACCCCAGAAAAGGGAGAGGAUGAGGAAGAUGAGGACUUGGAUUUCUUCCAAAAAGAUAAUGCGCCUGCUGUGAGACCUACACAAUCAAAAUAUGUUAAGACAGUUAAACCCCCUCCACUUCCUCCUGACGAUGAGGAAGAGGAAGAAUUCCUCGACCCGCUUGGCAAUGUAAGGUCGAAGAAGCCCAAAAAACCCAAACCUGUGCAGCCGAGUGCCAAGCCAGCACCAAAACCAACACUCUCUCUGUUUGAUGAAGAGGAUAAUGCAGAUGAUGAGUUAUUCCAGCCAGCAGCCAAAGCUGGCCUGAAGCUGUUUGAGGAUCCAGACCUGGGUGGGGUGGUGAAAGCGGGUGACUCUCUACUCCUCCCGAAUGCUUAUGAGAAGAAUCUGAAGCCUACAGACUCCGGACUGGAUGAAGAUGUGGAGGAACUCUUCAGGGUGGAGGAAGACCUAGACAAACUCCUAACUGUCAGUAAGUCAGACAAACUGAAACCAGCACCUGCUGCUAAACCUAAACCUAAACCUAAACCUACACUAAAGCCCAAGCCAGCCAUACCCCAGAAGCCAUCAUCCCUAGCCCAGAGCAGUGGAACCUCUGCUGGGGAAGCAGCUCAGCCGGGCAGUGCCAAGACCAUGGAUCAGAUGGACAUCCUCAAAUACAUCCAGCAAAAUGAGGCUGCUGCCACUGAGGACCUGGACCUCUUUUAGCUCCUCUCUUCAGGAACAAAAGUAUAAAAAAAAAAAAAAAAACUAUCCAUCAAGGCACAUUUUCUACGACAGAUUUCUCAUGAGAGUUCGUCUUGUUUGGUUAGGUGCAGGAACACAGAAUUUUAACUACAAAUAUAAAGACAGUGUUGCUACACAGUUUUACUGGAGAGAUUUUGUUGUUUGUACAAAUGCAGUGUAUGGAUUUUUCAUGAGGGCAGCAAGAGGGACCAAAUCAACUAAUUAUGUAAUAACGACUCAGUGUAAUGGAAAUCAAGUCUUCAUUCGUUUAGGAAAUAUUUUACAAAAGAAAGAUCUCAAUGUUCAUUCACAUGCAUUAGACUGAAGAGAAUGGGGUCUUUGACAGUAAACAGUGAUUUCUGUAUGCUUUCUAUCCCGUAAAGUUGUCCAAUACAGCCAAAUACUUGUACUCCAAAGCCAUGGAACAUGAGUAGUAUUCCAACCAACCAACCAAACUGUUGUGAAAAUGUCAGGUUCAUCAUCUCGUAUGUGGUCUACAAUAGCACACUUUGUUUAAUGGAUGAAAUCAUGUGGUUACUGCAGGGGUAAAGCCGUUAAUGAAAUAACUCUAAUUGACUAGUGAGUAGGGACAAAUCGCCUAACACUCAUGAAUUUUCUUGUUUGAGUCAAGGAUUAAGUUGUUGUUAUAUGCCAAACCAUGACAUUUUCAGAACUGACCAAGCAGAUUAAACAAAGUUGAGCAGACUGUUAAAUAGAAUAGAGUUGUAUACAGAGACAUAGCUUGUUUGUUUAAGCAAGGCAUUUGAAAAAUUGAUCCUAAAGUCAAACAGCUAAGAGUGGCUAAAAUGUGUGCCUUAUAUCCUUUAGUACGGAACAUGUAGAAAUGUUGUUUGUCAGUUGGAUUUUGAAGAUUUAUAGCUGCAUUACUUACACAGUUCCUUUGUUGAUCAUUUUUGCAGUAUAGAUGGGUCUGGGUGGCCUUCUCCUAACCCCAGCAGCAGGAUAAGUCUCCUUAAGAACACUCACAGUCAAACCUACAUUCAAACCUGCUCAUGUUUACUCUUCUUCACAGUGCCUUGUCUAAUUGUGAAUUGUUGUUUUUGUUGUCUAUAUAAACUUUCUACAACAAUGCACAUGGCUAGGAAUAAACUGUGUACAGCA